UUCUCUCCCUCUCGGUGUCAAUCGGUGGAGGAAUUUCCUGAGAAAUUGAAAUGGAGAAAUCCUUCACUCUGAUUCAGACAAUUGCGACCGCUGGAGCCUUCUCUGCGAUUUCGUUCUGGUAUGGAUUCAUGUUUGGAAGAGAGUCCGCUCGAAAAGACUUGGGAGAUUUGAUUCAAGAUCUACGCCGCGGAAGCUCCAACGAUUCUUCUUCUGCAACUCCUCAGUAGAUCAUUUUGAAGUAUGGCGGUGAUGAAAGAGGCAGCGUUGCAACUUCGGGGCCAUGCGGAGGGCAUCGAGUGCUUGUCAAGUUAAGGAUUUUCUGCCAAAAGCUUGGAUCGAAGACUCGAAAAUUUUCCUUCAAUUUGGCGAAGUUUCUGUAGAAACGACUUCUUACAAAUGCCUCAAAGUUCAGCCGGUCAAUUGUUUUCUACGAGUUUCACGUAUGGCAUUACGUUUUCGAAUGAUAUUCCUUUACUUUCUAGAAAUUUUCCUUUGAAACUGGUAGAUGUCUGGUCCAUUGAUUUGCCGAUAUCGAUCAUUCAAUUCAUCUCAAAUAUUUUUGGCA